GCAACAAGCACAGCCAUGGAUAAGUUUUUAAAGCGUAAACAAGAUGAAAAGAAAGAUGACAACCCACCCCAAAAAACAAAUAUUGUACGUAAGUACAACCCAGAGUUUAUUAAGUACAGGUUUGUAAAUGGGGGCAGCGAGAAGGAGCCACGAGCCCAAUAUGUGGAGUGUGGGCUCACGCUCUCCAAUGAAGCGCUGAAGCCGUCAAAGCUGCAGCGGCAUCUCGAAACAAAGCAUCCCACACUGGUGGGGAAGCCGACCGAAUACUUCAAACGAAAAGAAAACGGACUACAAAUACAGAAAAGAAGUAUCGUGUCACUGACUGGCAGCUCUAAAUGUGCGUUAAAGGCAAGUUAUCUGGUAGCCAAAUGUGUGGCACAAACCAAAACCCCCUUCACCAUAGCGGAGGAUUUGGUUCUUCCUGCCGCUGUGGAUAUGUGUCGUGAGCUGAUCGGAGAGGCUGCUGCAAAGAAGUUUCAGACCGUUCCACUCUCCAACGACACUGUCAGUCACCGCAUUGUGGAUAUGGCCUCGGACAUACAGCAGCAGCUUCUUGAGAGGAUAAAAGACAGUCCAUUUUUCUCAUUACAACUCGACGAGUCCAUGGAUGUCACUAAUGCUGCGCUGCUGCUGGUUUUUGUUCGAUAUCGCUGGGACAGUAGUUUGCAUGAAGAUAUACUUUUUUUGUGGAGAGCUACCAACAUGCGCUACGGCUCAGGAAUGUUUCAGCUGCAUGGACAACUACUUCAAAGAGAAUGGCCUGGACUGGCAGAACUGUGUUGGGGUGUGCAGUGAUGGUGCCGCGUCAAUGACUGGCAGGCAUCACGGUGUCAUCAGACAGAUACUCGACCGCGCACCAGAAGCCAAAUGGACACGCUGUUUUCUUCACCGUGAAAACCUUGCAGCUAAAAAGAUGUCACCAGAGGUUCACGAAGUGAUGACAGUAAGUGUCAAAACCAUCAACUUCAUUAAAAACAAUGCUGUGAACUCCAGAUGUUUUGCAAAGCUUUGUGAGGAUGUAGAAGUAGAUCAUGUCCAACUGCUCUAUCACUGUGAAGUGAGAUGGCUCUCAAGAGGACUGGUUCUCAAGCGUUUGAAUGGAGGGAUGAGGUUUUCACUUUUCUCACUGAGAAAAAAAUCUCCCUUUGCACAUUACUAUGCUGACACAGACUUCACAGCUAAACAUGCCUACCUGUGUGAUAUUUUUUCACUACUGAACCAGCUUCCACUUCAAGGAAGAAACAGCAACAUUUUUUUUCUGUUGCAGACAAAGUUCAAGCUUUUAAGAAGAAACUUGCUUUGUGGAGCAAAAGGGCCCAGGAAAAGAGGAUGGAUGUGUUUCCACUUUUGUCUGACAUUUUGGAAAACUCCCCACAUGUGAAAAUCAGUGACUCAGUCUCUCAGCACCUGUCACAACUGGCAGAGAAAUUUAAUGAAUACUUUCCAGAGGACCCCAGAGAGGGACACAUGUGGGUUUUGGACCCAUUUUCUGUGGAUCCCACUGCAAAUUAUGUUGCUUUGCCCUCACAUCUGGAAUCCCAGCUUCUGGAAGUCUCCACCGACAGCACUUUAAAGUUGCAGUGGGAUAAACUGGACCUGGGAUCCUUCUGGAUCCUUGCCUCAAAAGAGUACCCAUGUCUUGCACAGAGGGCUGUGAAACUCCUCCUCCCAUUCACAACUACUUACCUGUGUGAAUCUGGAUUCUCCAUUGUGGCCACAACAAAGACGAAAACCUGAAACAGACUCAGAGCAUCACUGGAGGCUACUCUCAGAAUGAGCCUUUCCCCCAUCCCACCCAGACUGGAUCUGAUUGUGUCUCAGAAGCAGGCCCAAGUGUCUCAUUAAGAGGUGAAGAUGUAAAAAAAAAAAAAAAACAGUUGUAGCUUGUUAGGCCUAAAUAUGGACUGUUUUGACUGUUCAACUACUUGAUUGUUGUUCAAAAUACAAAAAGCAACAUCUUUUGGUUCUUCUUUUGAAAAAAAAAAGGCUAUUAAGGCUAUUGUACGGAAGCGCAUUGCAUUCACCUAAUAAAAAAAAAAACAGCAAGUUAUCUCAUAAUUAUGAGAUAAUUAUCUCAUAAUUACGAGAUAAUUAUCUCAUAAUUACGAGAUAAUUAUCUCGUAAUUACGAGAUAAGUAUCUCGUAAUUACGAGAUAACUUGUCAUGCUGUGACCACAUGACCCAUGCUGCAGUGAUGAGAGGCUUGCUUGGGGGCUGUGACUGUGUGACUGGAUCAGUAGGCUGCCGGGCUGCGAAACAGAGUGAUGGAUGGUGAUGAUGGCUUGUGGGAUUUUCUUCGAGGACGUGGGGUGUCCGAAGACAGAAUUGAAGAUAUGCAAGUGGACAAGAUUGACAUGUUUGCCAAUAAAGACAUAGACGAUACAUCCCUUGCACGUUACAUACCAAUAUAUGGGGACAGAAUUGCCACAAGACGAUAUUGUAUGGACAAACAAAGACAACGCGUAGAGGAUACAUCAAAGGUGUCACUUCUAAAUAAACUGCGACAGAGAAUGAGUACCAGAGCUACAAAUCACGAUGAAGGAUCUGAUCCCGGACCUGUUUCUGUAGGUCUAAGAGCAACAAGAUCCUGCUCUAGAAAUGCUGUGAAGACUACCCGAAAAAUUGAGCUGGGUUGGAUCCAUGAGGGAAAGCAAGUAAGGAAACGAUGCGGUGGCGGCACAAGGGUACUUGAUGUGAAUAAGAAUGCAACUAAAAAAGAUUUACUCUCUCAUGCAAAGGAACUAUUUUUUCCACAUGGCAAGUCCAAAAAGGGAAAUUGGGAAGAGUUCACUCACAAUGUGUACGAUUUCAAGGAAUCUGAACUUGAUGACCACACAAAUGUUGGUGAGCUGUACACCGUGUCAAAAUUUGGGAUUUUACGGUUUUACUUAUACACAGCACGUCAAGCGCAAGAGUCAGACAUGGACACAGAAGAAGACUGUGAAAUGGGCAGCCAGCGUGACAUUCAAAGAGGGCAGCAGGUACAAAUUUCUCUCCCUUCUGAGCAGCAGGACAUGUCAACCAUUCAGGCAGAAUCACCCAGUACAGCUGACCAUGGUCAUGGCAUUGGCUUAGCAAAUUCAUCAAAUUAUGAAUGUGUAGAUCUUACGUCCUCAUUCCCAAUGUCUGAUUCAGAGGUGAUCAUAGGGCCGGGAGACUCUACACCCUCUCCAAGCCAGCUGGAUGACACGCUUCCAGUUUUACCCAACAUGGACUCCCCAGUCACCUUGGCCUUUCCACAUCCACCUGUCAGCUUUUCCUUAUCCAGCACAUCCAGCCUUGUCUCAACGCCUCUUUCAGACACUUUCGAUGCCCCCUCUACAUCCACUCGUGCCCCAGUGUACCAGAUUGAAGAUGAUUUAAACUAUGAGAUACUAUCAGUGCAAAUCAAACUUCACAGGGUUAAUCUGUUAGAUGAAAUGAUCAUUCAGUUCAAGGAUCCUUUGAUCCUGAACUACCCAUUAAAAUACAGUUUGGUCAAUGAAAGUGGCAGAGAUGAAGAUGGGGUGGCCAGGGAUGUGUACACUGCCUUUUGGAAUGAAUUUUUGGACCGUGCAGCUUCUGGAGCAGAAUUAAGAAUUAAGAAUACCCUGUCUGUCACCAAAAUGGCAGGAAGAUGAAUGGAGGGCUGUGGGUAGAAUUCUAGCAAAAGGAUAUAUGGAUCAAGGAUACUUUCCAUUGUGCCUUGCCCCAGCAUUCACAACAGCACUCUUAUUUGGUGAGCAUGCUGUCUCAACAAAUGUGCUGUUUUAGUCUUUCCAGCUGUACUUGAGUCAAUCUGAGUGAGAUCUCAUAGACACUGCUUUACAGGAAGACCUUGAUGGUGAGAGACAGGAUGCAGUGUUUCCCGCAGAAAAUUGCUUAGUCAAGGUGGUGAGUCUUCGGUGGGCAUCACG